CAACUGUGGCUUUGUUUGCCUCAAUUAAUCUGAAGGAAAUUGAAAGAAACGCUAGACAAAUUAUAUUUCUGUACAUACCUGUUCCUUGUUUACUUUGUUAUUAAUGCAGCUCUUCGAGUCCAUGGCCCCUCAGAUCCACUUGUGGCCCAGGUGAGAGGAUCAGUUCUCCUGCCAUGCUUUAUUAAAGGUUCACUGCCUUUAGAAGAUCUCCAGGUAGAAUGGAAAAAGCUAGAUACAGAUUCUGUAGUGAGCCUCUUCCAGCAAGGAAAAAGCAGACCAGAUCUCCAGACUCAGGUGUUUAGAGACAGAGCUGACUUUUUUCCAGAUGAGGUCCCAAAAGGGAAUUUCUCCAUCUUACUGAAAAAUGUGAUCAAAGAUGAUGUUGGAGUUUAUAGAUGCCAAGUCAACACAACCCAGGACACUGGUCAAGUUAUAAUGGAAAUGAAAGAGAUCGAGAUUUUUGUUGUGAUAGGGGCAGACCAUGCUGUCUUUGCCCAUGAGGGUGAGGAUGUCAUACUGAACUGCUCUGUAGAUUCCCAUGUACCAGCCAGUGAGAUUGAAGAAGUGACCUGGAAGAAGAAAGAUGGAGACGAAAGCAUCCUUGUCCUGCUUUAUCAAAACAGUGAAAUUUUCCCAGACUCCUCACAUGAGAGUUAUCAGGGAAGAGUUGAUUUCUUUUCCUCUGAAAUCUCUAAAGGAAACUUCUCACUACAGUUGAAGGAGGUAAAGAUGGAAGAUAAAGGAGAAUUCACAUGUGAGGUCCACACUAGUGACAUGUCAGCAAGGACUACUGUGAUACUGCAUGGUGUAGAGCAUUUUGUGGUGAAAGGGGCAGACCAUGCUGUCUUUGCAAAUGAGGGUGAGGAUGUCAUACUGAACUGCUCUGUAGAUUCUCAUGUACCAAUGAGUGAGAUUGAAGAAGUGACCUGGAAGAAGACAGAUGGAGAUCAAGACAUUCUUGUCCUGCUUUAUCAAGACAGUGAAAUCUUCCUAGAUUCCUCACAUGAGAGUUAUCGGGGAAGGGUUGAUUUCUUUCUUUCUGAAAUCACCAAAGGAAACUUCUCACUAAAGCUAAAGGAGGUGAAGAUGAAAGAUAGAGGAGAAUUCACAUGUGAGGUCCACACUAGUGACCUGUCAGCAAGGACCACUGUGUUACUGCAUGGUGUAGGUUUCUCUGCAUUACAUGUACUAAUCCUGAUGUUUUGCUUGAUUGCACUAUUGCUGGCAGUAGGAUUUUGUGGUCCUGUUUUUAAUCUCCUGCGGAAGAGAGUUGUUACCAAAAGUGCCAUGAAAAUACACAUUUCUCUGAUCCUUUUUCCAAAUAUUUGCAUGAUUAUUGCUUUCUGCUUGUGGUCGAAAGAAGGGUUUCUGUUGGAGGUUAUUACUUGUUUAACUGUCAGUAUCAUAAGACCCAUCAUGCUGAUAAAAUUUUCUUCGUAUCUCAACAGAUUCCCAAAAUUCUUUCAAAAGGCUGUGAAAGUUUUGGCUGUUCCACUUUACCAUUUAAGUUUAACAAUGGGUGCAUGUUCCCCUGUCUUUGGUCUCCGGAUGCAUCUGACUUUGUUUCUAGAAGUUCUGAUUGGAACACUGCUUGCAUUGAAACUCACUCCAUAUGCCGCUUUGGAGUAUGGCUAUGAGAUAGCUGCAGUAUUACCAGCUCUAAUUGUGGGGAUUUUGAUUGUACUUUCACUACAAAGGCACCUAUUUCUAGGAAAACCAUUUGGAUGUGUGCACAUCACUUUGUCAUCUCUUAUGAUGUUUGCAUUCACCUGCUAUGAAAUAUUUUUCUAUAUUCUUUUCACUUUUCUAUUAAAAAUUCUUAUCGGAUUGAAAAAUCUAUUUGUGGUUGUACUGCUUUUGUGUGCAUGGCUAGUAGUAAUUUGUCUGGUGCGUUAUCACCGAGGAUAUAUACAAAGAUGCUGCUCUCAUUGGAGAAAAAUAGGAUAUUCAUUCUGCACUGCUACUGCUGCAUUUUUAUUCACUGCAUAUGGCACAAUGUGCAUUUAUUAUACAUACAUCCUCCUAAGAAGUCAAGACCGUGGUGGAUUUUUGGCUCUGAUGCCAUUACUCCAUGUUUUGGCAGCAACAUGCUUGUUCAAGCAUCCCAAACAUUUACCUGAUUUGCUUCACAUUAUGGUCUACAUGUUUGGAGCUGUGGGUCUCAGUACUAUAAAUUCAAUCGUUCUUGCCACAGAACUGAUCCUGAAAGAAGGAAAAGGAGUGCGGAAUAUAGAAGAUCUCUGUACGAUUGUUUUACCACUUGAAACACUGUUUGUCAGUGCUUGGCUCAUUUUGCAGAUCUAUGAUGCCUGGCUGAGAUUUAAGGAUGGAAGUCAUCAAUUUGAAGAUGAGACAACAGGAUUUGAGGUUGCAGAAAUGGAGGUUCUCACAAACCCUGACCCAAACUCUAAGUCUGAAUAAUCUGAGAGGAUCAAUAUGCACCAACUAUUAGAUUUCAGAGGCAUUUUUGCUCAAGCUUUGUUUUAUUUGUUCAUAUUGCUUUGUAAAUAUAGAGGCUUUUUUUAUGAUGCUUAUAGAUGCUUUAAACAAGCAGAAUUACAAAUGCAGUUUUCAUUGGGAAUGGGGUGAAGAAUGCUGAGGAUGGAGCUGCCAGGAGGAGAAAAGAGGAAGGACAAGGAGGAAGUUUAUGGAUUUGGUGAGGGCAGAAAUGCAGGUGGUAAUUUAAAGGAGGCAGUUGUGGUAUGGAGAUGGUGAUCUGCUGUGGUGAUCCCUAAAGGGAACAGCCGAAAGAAGAAAAAGGUGACUGAAAACAUGACUUGUUUCUGUAUGUGCUUCAGUGUAACUCGAUAACCCAUAAUACAUAUUGAACAUUACAUCUAAAAGGGCACCAUCUGCAAAAGUAUCUGUUUUCCAUUCCUUCAAACUUAUAAAAUAAAGAUGCUUUA